CUUCCCCUUCCCCGCUUCAGCAGCAGCAGCAGCCGCGGCCGCCAGUUGUCGCCUUCGCACCCCUCCUCUCUCCUCCUCCUCCUCUCCCGGCGCCGUCGUCCUCUCCCGCAGCCGGACCUGCCGCACCUCCAGUCCUCACUCCUUCAUCCUCUGCGCUCUUCGCCGGCGCUGCCUCUCUCCCUGCACGCACCCGCCCCUCCACCUUCUGCGUCCGGCUCGCGCACUCCCGGACGUCGAGCAUGGCGUCCAAAGGCGGCAAAGACGCACUCUAUGCGCAGCAGCUCGAUGCGGCGCGCCUGCGCGGCGACUGGGAGUCGCCCGUGCCCGUCGCGGCGGCCGCGGGCGGCAAGGCGCCCAUCUCGUGGCAGGAGCUCAUCCGCAAGUACAUGAAGCACAACCCGAACAGCACUGUGACGCCGACCGUCGCGCAGGUGGAGCAGCAGAUGCGCGCUGCGCUCGCCGCGUACCAGCGCGACCUGGGCCACUACUCGGACGCCUCGCACGACAAGGACCUGGCGCUGCCCGACGGCUCGGGCCGUACGGCCUUCCCCACGCCCAUGCCUCACGACCAGUUCGGCAACGGCUGGCGCGGGCCCGACGUCGUGCAGGCGGCCACGCGCCUCGAGGAGCUCGCAGCAAAUGCGCGCUCGAGCCGUGCAGACCCCAUCGCGAUGCAGGGCAUUGCUGCGCUGCGUGCGUACGCGGCCUUUAGCCUGGGCAACGAUGAGGCGGCCAUUGGGCUGCUGCACCAGGCGCGCUUCUUUGAGGACGUCGAGGUGGAGAAGAUCAAGGCGGCGCACGCCCAGGACUACUCUGUCGCGCUGCUGCUGCUUGGCUUCUGCGUGUACGGCAUGGCCAACGAGCGCCUCUACGCCGCCAAGAAGGACGAUGCCUUCAAGCCCUUUGUGCUGGCCGGCUACGCGCGCGCCAUCGACCUGCACGAGGGCGUGCGCGGCGGCAAGCGCGCAGAGGGCCUGCGUGGCAUGACGCCCGAUGAGAUCGAAUGCUGGGGCGAGACGGCGCUGUACCGCAACGCGCUGUUCAGCGUGCGCACCGGCAACAUCGCGCUUGGCCUGGACUCGCUGCGCGCAUACCAGGUGCACGUGGGCCGCUGGCCAACGUCCUUCCGCGGCCCGCAGCGCAACGUCAUCUACCGCACCUACCUUGCCGUGCUGACACGCGCCGUCGAGGCCGGCGGCUUUACGGACCCGCCGCGCUCGGCGGGCGUGCGCGCCGACGAGGACUGGCGCUCUGCCGCUUACCAGCGCAGCGUGAUUGACUGUGUCGCCUCGCGCGUGCGCAUCCGCGACUUCGAGGCGGAGCGGGCGCCGCGCCAUGGACAGGCCCGCCGCAUGCUGGGUGCUGCCGCGACCGAGAUCACGUCGCGCACGACGAGCAAGCGCCGUCCAGCUGCACACCGCGCGCUGCGCCCCGCCAGCGCCAACUGGAGCAACGAGAUGCUCACUGUGCAGAAUGCCGCGGCGUCGGCAAUCCUGCGCAGCGAGCAGUUCCCGCGCGCAGGGCACGUCAACAUUGCUGCCAUCCAGCUCGCCGACGACCUCGUGCGCGCGUGGCAGCUCAACGGCGAGCUGGGCGGCGCGCACGCUGACGAUGUCGUGGAGAUCCUCUACAACCUCGCCAAGAUCACGUUCCACUCGCAGCGCAUCAGCCGGCAUCUCUUUACGCUCCUCGUGGCCGCCGAGGCUUACGACGAGGCACGCAUGGCGCUCGAGCUGUACGCGCAGAUCUUCGAGAAGGCCAAGGAGGGCGACGCGGCCGACUCUGCGGCGCUCGUCGAGGAGGGUCGCCGCCGCAAGGAGGCUGACGCAGCGGCCGAGGCGAACGAUGCCGAGGCGCCCGAGCACGAGGGCAUCUCGGACGAGGCCAAGCGCGUCUCGCAGGAAGCCACGACGGACCAGGACAGCGACGCCGUGUACGUCUCGACGCUCCUGCACGGCGCGCACGUGUACGGCCGCUUCUUGCACGACAUCAAGGGCGCCGAUGCGCUUGCGCGCAAGGCGUACGACGCGCACACUGCCAACCCCAAGCUCUCCACCGACCGGUCGCUCUCGGCACGCGCCAAGCGCAUUGCUGGCUCUGCGCGCGCUGCACUGGCAGCCCGCGAGUCGGACGCCACGAAGCGCGCAGCCCUGCAAGACGAGGCACUGAGCCUGCUCAAGCAGAGUGCCACGCUCGACGACCAGAGCUCCGAGACGUUCUACCAGCUGGCCUACCUGCAGGCGGAGAUGCGCGACUCGACGACGGCGGUGCGCUCGGCGCGUCUGGCGCUUGAGCUCGAGCCGGCCGACGUGCAGUGCUGGCACCUGUUGGCGCUUCUGCGCUCGGCGCAGAAGGACUUCAAGGGCGCGCUGCGCAUCGCCGAGGAGGGCCUCGCCGAGGCCGAGGAGGACGACGAGGCAGACCUGAAGGCGGUGCAGCGCGCCAGCAGCGCCAAUGGCGUCAACGGCACGUCCAAGACGAGCGUGGCGCGCACGGUGCUGCUCAGCGUCGACUACCCGCCGACGUACGGCGAGCGGGCCGAGGCGCUGCUGCGCCUGCACAUGACGCACUCGGCGCUGGAGGAGGUCGUGUCGGGCACCGAGGCCGCCAUCGCCUCGCAGCGCGACGUGUUCUCCUUCUUCCACAAGCGCGUCGCCACGACGGCCGUGCUGCCGCUGGGUGCCGGCGGCGCUGCCGGCUCUGCUGCGCCGCCGACGAAGCACGGCAAGCUCUCGACGCUGCUGGGCGGCAGUGCCGCCGUGCCGACGCGCUUUGGCUCGCUCAGCGGCAUGGGCCUCAGCGGCGCCACACACCACCACUCGGAGGAGGCCCACCGCGGCGCCUCGCUGCUGCCGCACCUGCACCGGAGGCGCGCGUCGCAGAAGGUCGAGGAGGCGCCGAUGCCCGCCGGUGCCGCCGGCGCCACCUCCAACGACUCUGCGCAGGACGCACAGGACGACGGCGAGGCGUCGACUGCCAUGGUGCAGCGCGAGGCGCGGCGUGCCAAGCACGAGGCGCACCUGCUCGCCUCGCUCUGGCUGCAGUCUGCCGCCUCAUUCCGCCGUGCGCACCAGCUCUCGCAGGCGCGCGCCGCCGUGCAGGAGGCCGAGCGGCUCGACUCUGCGCGCGCCGAGGUGUGGGUGCAGCUGGCGCUGUACUUUGAGGCGCAGCAGCAGUGGGAGCUGGCCGUGCAGAGCCUCUACAAGGCGCUGGCGUGCGAGAGCGAGUGCGUGCCGGCCGUGGUGAACCUGGCGCGCAUCUUCCUGCAACAUCCGGACCUCUCGCCCGCCGCCUCGGCGCUGCCGACGAGCGAGACAAUCAAGGACCGCAAGUUACCGGCCGCUGUCACCGACGCCCUGGCCGUGCCAUCGCCGUUCGGCAACGACGGCGCCGCCGCCAGCACGACGCUGGCCAAGCCGACGGAGCUGGGCGCCAUUGCGCUGGCCGAGGGCCUGCUGCGCGCCAGCACGGCCAGUGCGGCGUGGGACUGUGCCGCCGCCUGGCUCUUCCUGGCGCAGACGGCGCGGCGCACGGGGCGCCUGGCGCAGAGCCGCACGUUCCUCGAGUACGCCCUCGAGCUGGAGAAGACGGAGACGGUGCGCCCGCUCGGCGCCGCCCUCUUCCGCUCGUGAUGCGUUCGCGGCCCUUGCCGCCUCUCUUGCCCUCCAAGGACCACCCGUGCUGGAUAUCAUACCACCUUGCCCCCCUCGCCACCCUCCUUUCUAUGCCAUGCCCCGAAAGCAGCGCCGCCCUAGUCUUCUGGCGCCUCCUUCCUGCCCUUGCGGCGCGCAGCCCGUACUUCGGACUGCGCGCCCGCUGCUGUUCCCCUAGUCUUGCCUAUGCUGCGAAACGCGGAAUUGAAAUUGAGUGCUCUCGAG